CAUGAUUUUUUCUUGUCUUUUUUGGUUUUUGGCCAAGUCCAAGUUUAACAGCGCUCGACGCGCCAGAAUCAAGUUCAGUUGCGCCGCAAACGCGUCGCGGAAAUGUUUCGCUGCUGCUGCUGCAAACCGUCCCAAAGAAAUCGAAAUCUAAAUUGAAAUUGAAAUUUAAAACCCAUUAAACGAACGCGCCGCCGUCCCACAAAAAUCCCGCAUCCUUGUCAAUAAAAAAAAAACCGAUACAGCGAAACGGGAAUCUAACCCGUUAAAUACUUUUCACUUUUUUCCCAACCGUUCUCAGUUGGCGCCAUGAGGGAACCGCUGCCCGUGGCGGUGGUGAUGGUGGUGCUGCUCCUUUGGCUCGGUGCGGCGGUGCCACCCACUUCUGGAUCGGCGGUCCUCAUCUCCGACAUGACCAUGAGCGUUAUGGUGGAGCUAUCCUCCCGUCAUCCCUUCUGCAAGAUGCACACAGAUCGCGGCGAUAUCCAGCGGAUGCUGCUGCAAUCGGAUCCGCGUCGCAUCCGCCAGGUGCCGCGGGAAUCGGUCAUGGAGCUGGAGGAGGUGUGUCGCCGGCAGGGAUCCUACGGCCAUGAGUUCCGCGGCGGCCUGGGCUUCAUCUAUCCCGGCACCAAGUGGUGUGGUCCGGGCACAGCGGCCACCAGUUACGAUGAUCUGGGCGCCCAUUCUCGCGAGGAUCGCUGCUGUCGGGAGCACGACAUGUGCCCGGAUGUCCUCAAUGUGGGCGAGUGCCGGCGGGGAUUGUGCAAUCGCGGAACCUUCACAAGGAGCCACUGCGAUUGCGAUGCCCGAUUCCGGCGAUGUUUGCAGGCGGCGAAUACGGAGACGGCCAACACACUGGGCGCCAUCUUCUACAAUGUGGUGCAGGUGACGUGCUUCCAGGAGCGGAGUCCCUGCUCGGCGCACCAGAGGUUCGAGGACUUCUACUACCGCACCGACCACUGUCCGGCGGAAUUCCGGCAGGCGGAUCUCUACGUGCCGCCGCACGGGGACAAUCUGAUAGCCAAGAUCCUGGCCCAUCCGCAGGGUCGGGCCCUGGCCGCUCCAGCCUCAGCCUGGUCGAGUCCCGCCAAGACGACGGCCCGCCGUUGGGGCGUUAAGUUGGCCAGCGUCGGCCUGGCUGCGGUCAACAUCCUGCGGGAGGUGGUGCAGCGACCCCGACUCCUGUGGGACAGCCUGCAGGCCCCCGUGAACAGGGAGCUCCCACCUUCCAGAUACCAGGAUCGGGGCUAUCACUACGAGCGGCCCGGGCCUUCGUCCUACGGAUAUGGUGGUCACUACAGUGGUCGCGGCUACGGGGGCUUCGAUUCCCCUUGGAGCUAGUGGCAAGAGUUACGAAUGCCCCCCUGAAGACUGUUCCCCGCGUGGGUGGGUCGAUUCCGGUGGUGUCCAAAAAUACUUAACGGUCGGAGAGUAGUCCAAAGAAAAUUUUAAGUUAUAUGGUUCUAGGAACUAGAGGUUAAAGUAGAAAAAAAUUUUCAAUUCAGGGUUGCCUUGCUUAUCAAGAUUCUAGGGUUUAUAGGGUUGUUCAGUUUAAAACGAAUCAAUGGUUUUUAACUCAGGGUUAUAUUGCUUUACAUGAAGUUUAAAGGGUUUUAUUUAGAGUUUAAAGUAAAAUAUGGGCUUAUAGCAAGUUUAAAAAUAACAAAGGUUUAUAUAAAGUUAAAAUUAAAAUGGGGUUUUAUAUAGGGUUUUAAAAAUCAGAUAAUUUUUCCAUAAGAACAUCUUUACCAAAGAAAAACGCAGUAGAACUAAAUUACAUUAACAACAUAUCGCCACUUUUUACCAGAUGCUCUUAAGACAAAAGACGUGAUUUCCAAGCUAAUGACGCAGAAGUUUUCGUUUUAUCCCGCUUUAUAUUCUGUUAAAGUUUCUUUAUUAAAGGUGUUUAUUAUUCUGGAAAAGUUUCGUUAUCACGGUCUUACCAUCUUCGUGUGAAACGAGAAUACUUGUAUUGUUCUCAUACAAUACGCAUUUAAAUUAAAUGCUAUAAAUGGGUUUUUCGCAAGAUUCCCUUUGUGAGUAAUUGAGUGAUAUAGGUUUUUAAGAGGACCACAAUUUAUAUUAAACCAGGGGUUGAAAUUAAUAACAUAUCAGGAUUUUUUUUACUAUAACUUAUAAGAUUGGAAAUAUGUAAGCUGAACAUUAUAAUUGUUAAAUUUAAUUCAGGAAAUAUAACCCAUACCAUUUCGAAUAUGACUAGGAUACUCUCCACCCGGUAAAUAAUUUUAAAGACCAAAAAACCGACUCACCCCACUGUUCCCGUUUAGUAUUAGUAGUCAUAAGUUGCAGUUUCGGCUCCAUUAGGGAGCUCUAGUCCUAGCCACUUAGCUGCAUGUGUGAUUGCCAUUAAUGUUCUGCAUGUCCCGUGUUCACUAGUUCACCAGCUCACCCAUAGCUAUGCUGUACAAUAAACGAUUCACAAGAAACA